GCCUCGCCAGCCAUGGGGCCAUUGGCGUCACCCAGCCCCGCCGCGUUGCCACCAUCUCGGUGGCACAGCGGGUGGCCGAGGAGAUGGGCUGUUCGCUGGGGACUGUGGUUGGGUACCAGGUCCGCUUCGAUGACUGCACCACCGAGGAUACUGCCAUUAAGUAUAUGACUGAUGGCUGCUUAUUGAGGCACAUAUUGGCAGACCCACUUCUCAGCAAGUACAGUAUCAUCAUUUUGGAUGAAGCCCAUGAGCGGAGCCUCAGCACUGAUAUUUUAUUUGGUUUGCUGAAGAAACUAUUUCUCCAGAAGCAACCACCAGAGAGGAAGACAGCCAUGAAAGUGGUGGUGAUGUCAGCCACUCUGGAGGUAGACAAGCUCUCGGAGUUCUUUGGACACUGUUCAGUGCUGCAUAUUCCAGGAAGAAGUUAUCCUGUCAAGGAGAUAUUCUGCAACCUGCUCAGCCCAAGGGACGUAGGCAGCUCUGCGUAUGUUACAGAGGCUGUAAAAGUGACAUUGGACAUCCACUUAAAUGAACCAGAAGGUGACAUCUUGGUUUUCCUGACAGGUCAAAUUGAGAUAGAAAAAGCUUGUGACUUACUCUUCAAGAAAGCAGAAUCUAUCGAUUACCGGUAUGAAGUACACGAUCGGUCUGUUGAAGGCCUGCUUAUCUUACCAUUGUAUGGGUCAAUGUCAACAGAUCAACAGAAAAGCAUCUUUUUGCCAGCUCCGAGGGGUAUUAGAAAAUGUGUGGUAUCCACAAACAUCGCUGCGACAUCUCUGACGAUUGAAGGAGUCAGAUAUGUUGUAGAUAGUGGAUUUGUGAAGCAGUUGAAUCAUAACCCCCGAGUUGGCUUGGACAUACUGGAAGUGGUUCCCAUAUCAAAGAGCGAAGCAAGGCAACGAGCUGGCCGAGCUGGCAGAACAUCAUCUGGAAAAAGCUAUCGCCUCUACAGCAAAGAAUUCUGGGAGCAGUGCAUGCCUGAUCACACGGUCCCAGAGAUCAAGAGAACCAGUCUGACAUCUGUGAUCCUGACCUUGAAGUGCCUUUCUGUGCAUGAUGUCAUAAGAUUUCCCUACUUGGACCGCCCUGAGGAAAGGCAUAUUUUAGAAGCUCUCAAGGAACUUUACCAGUGUGAUGCUAUUGACAGGAGAGGCCACGUGACAAGACUGGGUGAAUUCCUGGUGCAGUUUCCUCUCCCUCCCAAUCUGACCUGUGCUGUCAUAAAAGCUGCUUCUCUUGACUGUGAAGAUCUGCUGCUUCCCAUAGCAGCCAUGUUGUCUGUGGAAAAUGUCUUCAUUCGUCCAGGUGAUCCUCAGAAGCAAAAGGAGGCAGAACUUCAACACCAGGAACUUUCCUCACAAGUGGGAGGAUGCAAUGACUUUGCAACUCUCUUAAAUAUUUUUGAACAGUGUAAAGCAAGCAAGUCUCCUUCAGCUUGGUGCCAGAAAUACUGGAUCCAUUGGAGAGCUUUAAAAUCUGCUUUUAGUGUGGAAAAACAACUUCGGGAAAUCAUCAGUAAACUGAAACAGCUACCAGACUUCCCUAAAGAGACAUUUGAAGGCUCCAGAACUGAAAUUCUAAGAAGAUGUCUGUGUGCAGGAUACUUUAUCAAUGUAGCUAGGAGAUCUGCGGCCAGGACAUUCUGCACAAUGGAUGGACAUGGCAGCAUAGUCUAUAUCCAUCCUUCAUCUGCACUAUAUAACCAGGAGACUCUCCUCGAGUGGAUCAUCUUCCAUGAUGUCACAGUGACAUCCAAAAUCUAUGUCCGGACAGUGUGUCCUGUUCGCUAUGAAUGGGUCAAAGACUUGUUACCCAGAUUGCAUCAAAUCGAUGCGUAUGAACUGAGCAGUGUGGCACGGGAAGAAGUAACUGAAGAGGAAAUAACCAGGUGGCAACAGAGGGAGGACCUUAAAAGGCAGUAUGAAGGAAUCACAGACAACCCUGCGAAGAAGAUGGAGAGAAGGAAUGAUGAUAAAUCAAUACUGGAUGCCCGAGCUCGCUAUCUCGAGAGAAAGCAGCAAAGAGCCCAGGGUUUAAGUGGCCCAUUGAAAGAAUCAGAGUGAUACUCAGGGCUGCUCUGCUCCCAGGGUGAGGAAAGGCAGUUCUGUGCAGUUGUUCUGGGUGUGUUUGCAUAAUGCAAAGUGACUAACUGGAACCAAGGAAAACUUCUGCUUUGUGGUAAGUUUGAGUGCUGAGGCAUACAAAUGCAAUCUUCCUUCGCUGUAUCCAGCAAGGAAAAGUGACC